UCUUAUAUAAACUAUAUGAGCCUUUUCUUUUUCCAUCUCCCUCAGCGGCUUCUGUGUAUUUCCAUGACGUCACGCAACUCAAAUGUAAAGGGGAGCGAGAGAGAGAUUUAGGGUUUGAGGAGACCGGGGGGAAGCUGAUAAGCUUAGAGUAGGAGGAGCUACGAUGCUUUAGGAACUCUCUUUUUCCCUUUAUAGCUCUUCUUCGUCUUCUUCUUGUUCUGUUCUUCUUGUUUAGUCCGAAUCAUGAACCACACUGGCCGAGAGGAGGAGGACUGGUUCUUAAGCAUGGGUCUGUGAUGAUCUGGAGAAGCAGGAGAGAGGGGAGGGAGAAGAAGAGGGCAAAAUGCAACCAGGGUAUGGAAUUCCAGAGAUCCAACAAUUCAUGGUGGAUUCUACCUUCUUUACGCCUCCCAAUGAGUUGAACCCAUCUUCCCAGCAGAAGCACCACCACCACCUGCAGCUUCAGCAGCAGCACCACCACCAACAGCAGCACCAGCAGCAGAGCAGGAGCUACAGUACUUACCAGCACCUCCACCCGUUUCUUGAGUUUCAAGACUUGCAGCAGCCGAGGGUGCACCCUCAACCGCCGCAUCUGCUCCUCGAGGCGGGGCCGGAGAACGUCCCUUCCGCUCGCCUUUUCCCUUUCGUGUCCAAUUUCAGGCAUGUGGUGGACGCCGACGAGCCCGGAUGCAGCCGCGAGAGGCAGCACCGCCACCACCAUCUUGCAGACGAUGAUUUGUCUCUUGGGGACGACGGCUUGGACCGGAGGUGGCCCAGAGAGGAAGUGGUCGGUGCCAAGAGCCCCAUGGAUUCCGUCAGAGGACCAGUUUGGAAGCUUUCAGGUUUCGGCCACAAUGAAGAGAAUGGGCAGGCACCCGUCACGAAGAGAUACAGGAAGGGGGAAGAAAACGAGCUGCCGCCGGAGAGCAAGAACAGUUGCAGUACCAGCUACCGCCUCUUCAAUGAGCUCGAGCUCAUCUUAUCCCGAGAGCUGCAGGCAGGUUCGGGGUCGGCGCUCACCGGUGACAACAACCCUCCUCCGCCGGCGGGCAACCCUAGCUCUGCGGCCGAAACCGCCGGUGCCCACGUCGACCUGGCUUCCGAGACCUCCCCAGACGAGGAGGGCUCGCUUAGAAAGAUGCAGCAACUUGAGGUGCAGCAACUUGAGGAGCAACAACAGAGGAAGAAGAAGAGGAAGAGGAAGCAACAGCAGCAAUUGGGGUCGAUUGCAGCCUUCUUCGAGAAAUUAGUGAACCAGCUGAUGGAGCACCAGGAGGCGCUGCACCGCAAGUUCAUGGAGGUGAUGGAGAAGAGAGACCAAGAGAGGCAGAGAAGGGAGGAGGAAUGGCGUCGGCAGGAGGCGGCGAGGCUCACCAAGGAGAGGGCACUCCGCUCUCAGGAGGAAGCCGCCGCGUCGUCGAGGGAGGCCGCCAUCAUCUCCUUCCUGGAAAAGUUCGCCAACGAGUUAGCCAACCUACCAACCAAGAGGCCGGACGUCACCAUCAGCCAGAAUGAGACCUCGACACAGCCGGAGACGACGUCGGAGACCAACCGGGAAAGCGGCGAAAACCGGCGGUGGCCCAAGUCGGAGGUGAACGCUCUGAUCAAGGUGCGAGGCCGGUUGGAGGGAAAGUUCCGGGAGCCCGGCCUCAAGGGACCGCUCUGGGAGGAGGUGAGCUCAGCCAUGGCUGCCAUGGGCUACGCGAGGAGCGCCAAGAGGUGCAAGGAGAAGUGGGAGAACAUCAACAAGUACUUCAGGAAGACGAAGGACAGUACCAAGACGCGAUCCAAGCAAUCCAAGACGUGCCCUUACUUCCACCAGCUCGACCUCCUUUACAGCAACAAAGCCGUCGCCUCCGCCGCUGCCGCUGCCGGCGCUCCCACCAACACAGAACUCUUAGACGCAAUGCUGACCGCCGGUGGCAGCCGCAAGGAGGAGAUCGGCGCAGGCAGCAGCAGGAGCCUGAUGGCCAACGGCGAGAACGACAAUGAGGAAGGCGGGAAUGAGGAGGAAGACGACGAGGAUGUGGAGGAGGAAGACGAAGUCGAAGACGAUGAUGAAGAAGAAAGGGAGAAGCAGCAACACGACGAGAGGAAGAGAGGAAAGAGAAAGGAGAGAGAGGGGGAGGCGGAAGGAGAGGAAUAGGGCGUGCAGUCUGGGUCACUAAGCUUGUUCAUAAUCUAACGGCUAGAACAAAUACCGCCGCUUCCUCUCCGGCCGUCGCCACCACCACCUCAGGCCAUGGUGGCUCAGCUGUGGGGGAAAGAGAACGGUUUUCUCUAAGCAUCCUUUCAUCAUCAACAACGAGGCCUUUUCAUUAGCGUCACCGUUAUCAAUUAUUAUUAUUAUUGCUCCAUUAUUCUUUUCUUUUUCAAGAGAUGUAUUUGUGAAUUUUGAGCAGGAAGAAUAAGAAAAAUUAUCUUGUUUAUCAA